AUGGGCGGCAAAGCGAGCCAGCCUGAGCCACCUAAGCCUGCUCCCAACUUGCAGGAUGCCGCGAGCAACCUAGAGCAGAAAAUCGAAGAGCUCGGAGCAAAGAUCCAAAAGGCCGAUGAGGAGGCGAGGCAGUGGGUGGCAAAGCAAAGCACAGAUGCAACUGCCAAAGCUCGCGCCAUGCAAGCCCUGAAGCGCAAGAAGCUCUACGAGCAGCAACGUGAUCAGUUGGUGGACACCCAGUUCAAUGUGGAAAACCUUGCCUUCCAGCAAGAGCAGGCCGAGAUCACCGCGGGGACUGUCGCUGCCAUGAAGAAGGCGACCGAUCAGCUCAAGAACCAGACGCAGAAGAUCGGAGUUGAUCAAGUUGACAAGCUGACCGAUGAGAUGGCAGACAUCGCUGCGGAAAUGAAGGACAUCCAGUCGGCGCUUGCUGCACCCUCAGCAGUCGGCUCUGCGGCAGAGGAUGAGGCUGAGAAGGAGUUGAUGGCAUUGUAUGCCCAGCAGGAAGACAAAGAAGCAGAGGAGGCAAUGUCCAUCCUCGCUGCCGGAGGUGGUGGGUAUGCGAGCACCACUCCGGCUGGCUUACAUGUGCGUGAGGUACGCACUGUUGAUGCGGUGAACACCUUGGCAACAGAUCUGGCUCAGGAUGAUGCCACCAGCGAUAUUGGUCUUAUCGUCUCUUGUGGUAGCCCGGUGGUCCUCACGGAACCAGUCGACCUACGUGAGCAUGUUGCCAAAACGACAGCAGCAAUGCUACAGUUUCCGAAUGCGCCCGUGGUUGGCAUUUGCUACGGAAUGCAGCUCCUAACGCUACUCUAUGGUGGAAAGCUUGCAGAGAAUUGUCGAGCAGUGGAUGUUGCCUAUGCCUACUUCCUGUGCCAGCUGGAAGGUGAAGACUGGCGGCAGUUCACCAGUAAACAGCUGACGUCUGCCUUGCUGGCACUGGGCAGGCACCAGGAUUGGCAGGCUGCGCUGAGACUUCUGCAUGACGUGCAAGGGUCCGACAGCUGUCAUGCAGAGACGAACAUCUUCAGUUAUGGUGCAGCGAUCGCAGCUUGUGAAAGGAGUGCCCAGUGGGCAUGGGCCCUGCAGCUUCUGGACGAUUUGAUCACCAACGGUUUCGAGCCGAACGUCAUUGUCUGGAGCUCUGCAUGCAGUGCCUGUGACAAGGCAGAGCACUGGCUGGAGUCGCUCCGUCUUUUGAGCCAGAUGCCUGGCAAGAAGUUGCAGCCGAACGUGAUCUCCUACGGGGCUGCGCUGAGCGCGUGUGCACGCGUCGCAAAGUGGCAGCAUGCCAUCGCGCUCUUGGAAGAUGUGUCGGCUGAGGACAUUGACAUGAACAUCGUGCUUUGGAACUCUGCUAUAACGGCCUGUGCCAGGGCUGGCGAAUGGCCUUUGGCAUUGCACCUGUUGGAGCUACUUCAGCAGGAAGGCUUGCAGCCUGACGUACUCAGCUUUAAUGCCUGCAUCACCGCGGCUGGGGCUGGUAGCCGUUGGCAGCUUUCGCUUUCGCUUUUUGACUUGGCGGAGUCAGUUGGCCGAAGCGUUGUCACCUACAACGCUGUGCUGGCGGCCUUCGAGGCAGCUGGUGAAUGGUUACCGGCUCUGAGUCUGCUGGGUCAGCUGCGGAGCAGCGAGGCCCUCAGUGUGGACAACAUCUCCUUUGCAUCUGCAAUCUCCGCAUGCCAGAAAGCUUCGCGCUGGGAGAGAUCCCUCCAACUACUCUGGCAAACGGAGGCUAGCGGACUCAGCCCAGACAUCGUGUGUUUUAACGCUGCCAUCAGCGCCUGCGACCGCUGCUUCGAAUGGCAGCGAAGCCUCUGGCUCCUCCGUGAGCUCUGUCGGCGCCGGCUUCGCCCGGACGCCGUCACAUUCGCUUGUGUGGUCUCUGCUUGUGCAAAGACUGGGCGCUGGAGUCAGGCCCUCUCCUUGCUGAGAGUUGCCAGGACCCGCACCGUGGAGGUCGGCUCCUUCGCCGCCAGUUCCCUGCUCCGCUCGUCGAGCGUUGCAGAGCCCAUGGAAGGCCGCACCGGUGCCUGGCAAAGCUCGAUUGAUGCAGUCAAAAGCCUUCGGUGCUCCAACCUAAAGUUGGACAUUGUCGGCGGCAAUGCGAUGCUGGUCACGGCUUCAACCGCACAGCGCUGGGGCUGGAUCCAGGCUCUAUCCAUGCUAGCCGAGAUGGCUUUCUGCAGUCUGGCUCUGUCGGAGGUAAGCUGCCGUGUUGCUGUGGCAGGGUGUGCCGCCAAAAGCUGGACCGGUGCUCUGGCACUGCUGUUUGGCAACCCUGCUGCAUGGAUGCCGGUUGAGCUCAACUCCUGCGCCAUCGCCUGUGAAAGGAUGCAGCAUCCACUCCCGAUGCAGCGGUUGUUGCACUUGGCGGAGAUUCAAGGAGCCAACGUGCUUCACAGCACGCGAAUCCGCGAAGUCUGUCGAAGCUGCUGA